AUGAGUCUGGACAAUGCAACGACCAGUUUCUGGUCGCAAGAAGACGAGGACAGGGCCAGAUUCCAGCAGCGGAAUCUCAGCGCAGACACAUACCAGCGCGGCAGUCGCCUGGGCAGCGGCGGCAGCAGCGUGGUGUACAAGGUCCGAAGGGUCGCAGACGGCCAGGUUUUCGCAGGAAAGACAUUCAGCAGCCAGUCCUCGUUACGACGGGAAGUCAAGAUGCUCCGAUCCUUGAACCACGACAAUCUCCUCAAGUUCGUUGCCGUGCACCACGAGCCUGCUGACGCGGCCGCCACGCUUCUCCUGACGGAGCUGUGCCCUUACGGCACGCUGCAGGAGAGAAUCGACUCUGCGUCCCCUUGCAUGGACUGCCGAGACACCCUGUCGACGACGCUCCAUCUCGCAGGGGCGCUGGAAUACCUGCACUCGCGGAACCUGUACCAUUCCGACGUGAAGCCGCGCAACGUGCUGGUCAAGGCGCUCCGCCCCAUGAGCGUCGUCCUAGCCGACCUCGCGGACGUCAAGCCGGCCCAGCAGAGUGGCAGGCUGCGCGGCACGCCGGCGUUUUACUCCCCGGACAUGGUCCUGCGGCGGGCGCACUGCGGACCGGCGGACGACAUGUGGGCUUUGGGGGUCACGUUGCUGGGCAUGAUGGGGCAGCAGCCGCGGAUGCCGGGCGCGGUCCGCGAUCUGGGGGAAUACCCGGCACGGUGCGCCGAGCACGCCAGGCGGUUGGCCGACCUGAACCCGGGGAACGGGGCCGUGGUCGAGUUGCUGGUGAGGUUGUUGGCCGAGGACGAGGGGAGGCGGAUGCGAUCGGGCGAGUGUGCGCAGGUGGCCAGGGCAAUGUGCGACGGGUAUCGGCAGCGGGGAGGGGCUGGUUUCCGCAUCCGAUCGCCGGACGAUUUCCAGCCGAGGGCUUUUUGGUGA